AUGGUGAAUUUCCACCCUCACAGCUUCAUAUUCGACAAUCUCGAUAAGUCCUACAUGAAUUACGAAAGCGAGACUAGGGUGAAUGCAUCAUACACCUAUAAGGCUUGGACCCCGUCUCUUUGUACGGUGUAUCUCGUAUAUGGAAUAUAUAUUCCUGGCGUCGGUGGCACGACCCCUGGCUGCAAAGAUGAAUACGAGACAGAGUGCCCGCUUACAGUGGAGAAGGAGAAGAAGUCUUAUGUUUAG